CGCAGUUCUUUGGAGUCCGGCACCUCUGACCAACUCAAUUCCGCCGUAGUCUAGUCCCCUUUUUGUUGCUUCUCGGACUCCGGAGUACCUACUUCAAAAGCAACACAUCACUCUCAUCUGUCAAUUCAACCUCGCCGCAACAAAUCCACCCUCACCCAUACCACCACUACCCGAAUCAUGUCUGCCAUCCUCGACGUCGUGCUCAGCUACCUCCCGCAGGACAGCGGCUACCUAUCGAAGUGGCUCCUUUUCGUCUCCGCCGUCGCAGUCUUCAACUCGGUGCAAAACUUCGUCACGCUCAAGCUGACGCAGCGCGUGUACCAAGAGCGCCCACAAGACGUGACCUGGCUCUCGUCGCGCACCUUCGGCACGUGGACUUUCCUUAGCGCCGUCGUCCGCGCCUACGCCGCAUACAACAUCACCAACCCCCAGGUCUACGAUAUCUGCAUGUGGAGCUAUGCCAUCGCCGGUUUCCACUUUGUCAGCGAGUGGUUGGUGUUCGGAACUGCCAGUCUCGGUGCUGGUCUUACCGGACCGCUUAUUGUCAGCUCCAGCAGUUUAGCCUGGAUGUUCACCCAGCGGGAGUUCUACGCUGGCGCUGCCAGUGUCGCCGCCAAGGUCGCCGGUGCUUAGAUGGAGGGUACGAAUGGGGUGUGUGAAAAUGGAUGGGAACUUGGGAUUGUUUUCGAAGCUGUGGAGGAUAUACCUAUUCUAAAUCUAGACUACCUAUACCAGGACAACUACCAAUGGGAACAUACGUUCUACAAAGCUUGUGAACCC